GGCCUUUCUCUUAUUCACAGGUCACUCAGAUGGGGAUAUGGAGAGUAGAAACCUAUCAGCAGUGACUGUAUUUGUCUUCACUGCUUUCCCGCAGCUCCAGGAUGGUGGCCUCCUGUACUUUUUCCCUUUACUUUUCAUCUACAUCUUUAUUGUGGCAGGAAACCUGAUAAUCUUCUUUGCUGUCAGACUGGACACCCGUCUUCACAAUCCCAUGUAUAAUUUCAUAAGUAUCUUCUCGUUUCUUGAGAUGUGGUAUACAACAGCUACCAUCCCUAAGAUGCUCUCCAAUCUGAUCAGUGAGCAAAAGACCAUUUCCUUCAUUGGCUGCCUCCUGCAGAUGUACUUCUUCCAUUCCCUUGGAAACACUGAAGGGACCCUUCUGACUGUCAUGGCUAUUGACAGGUAUGUUGCUAUCUGCAAGCCACUCCGCUACCCUAACAUCAUGACACCCCGGCUAUGUGCUCAGCUCACUGCUGGUUCUUGUAUAUUUGGCUUCCUCAUCCUUCUACCUGAGAUUGUAUGGAUUUCUACUCUACCUUUUUGUGGUCCCAAUCAAAUCCACCAGAUAUUCUGUGAUUUCACCCCUUUGUUGAAGUUAGCCUGUACAGAUGCCUCGGUGAUCCUGGUUCAAGAUGUGAUUCAUGCCCUUGCUAUUUUGGUAACAAGUCUGAUUAUUUCUCUUUCCUACAUAAGAAUUGUUGUUGUUAUCCUGGGCAUCUCUUCCACAGAGGGUCGUAAAAAGGCCUUUUCCACCUGUGCUGCGCACAUCGCUGUCUUCCUGUUGUUUUUUGGCAGUGUGGCCCUUAUGUAUCUUCGAUUUUCUGCCACUUAUACACCAUUCUGGGACAACACCAUUGCUCUUACAUUUUCUGUAUUUGCUCCCUUUUUCAAUCCUAUCAUAUACAGCCUGAGAAAUAAGGACAUGAAAGAUGCAAUUAGCAAACUCUUUUGCUCUCAAAAGGUGUUCAAUGAAUCAAGUAGGUAAUUUAAGCUUAUUCCUUUUUAACCUAAAUA